GUACCUCAGCUAUAUGGGUCUAUCGGGCCCCUUUCCCUCCUGGAUCUCUGGGCGCACCAUUCUCAGAAAACUGGAGGCUGCACACAACAGCAUCAGUGGCAUCAUACCGGACUCCAUUGGCAGUACCAUCAACCUUCAAGUCUUCUCUGUGUGGAAGAACAACUUGACAGGCAGCAUUCCCGAGUCCAUUGGCAGCCUCACCAAGCUCAGCACUCUGGACCUGUCAGACAACCAGUUUGAGGGAACCAUCCCAGAGGGCAUUGGCAACAUGAAGGAUAUUCGAAAGUUGGAUCUUUCCAACAACCACUUGACCGGCACUCUCCCCACCACCCUGUCUCGCCUCUCUGGCCUGUUUCAGCUGUUCCUCCAGCGCAACAACCUGAGUGGCACUUUUCCUCUCUGGAUUGCAGAGAUGUCCAGCAUUGGAUGGCUGUACCUCAGUGACAACAACUUCUCUGGCCCAGUCCCUGCCUCUCUUGGAGGCUCUAAAGGCCUCAUCUUUCUCGAACUGUCAGAUUCGGGGCUCACUUGCCCGCCGAAUGCGUCCAGUUGUGUCGUUCGGCAGGUCAACUACAGCGCCUUCUGCCAAGACUGCCGUGGCUUCUGUGCCACGUGCACAAGUGAUCAGUCCCCACCACCAUCACCAAUCGCGGCCUCCCCUCUACUAUCCCCAUCACCCAAUCAACCCAUCUACCCCUCCCCUCCCUCCUCCUCGCCCUCCUCUUCCUCGCCCCCUUCCAACUCGCUCGAUUCCUCCUCCCAAUCCGGCCUGUCGGUGGGAGCGGUCAUCGGCAUUGUCACAGCAGCCCUGCUGCUCUUGCUUCUGCUGCUUGUCUCAGCUUGCUGUGUCUGGCAGCCAUGUACUGUAUCAAUCCCUCCCUCUCUCUCUUCUCUUGGUCCAGCACAGGUGGCUCAGAUGGCAACGAAGCAUCAUCCCAAUCUGGUGCGCCUGCUGGGGUACGCUGUGGGAGGCCAUGUGAGCACGCGCGUGGAGAACAUUCUCGUCUACGAGUUCAUUGCCAAUGGCGACCUGCGGGGAUGGAUCGGCCCAGGUACUAAGGAGCUGGCCCUUGGACAGAAGGAGCUGGCCCUUGGACAGAAGGAGCUGGCCCUUGGACAGAAGGAGCUGGCCCUUGGACAGAAGGAGCUGGUCCUUGGACAGAAGGAGCUGGCCCUUGGACAGACCUAA